UCGAAAAGCCGGUGCAUUCUGGGAUAUAAAAUGAAUAACAAUGGCGGUUAAACAUCAGCCACAUACUCUGAUAGUUACGUGUUUACUUUCAUCACUUCUUCUGCAAACUUGUCGGACCUUUCCCGAAGAAUUGAAGUGGGAUGAGAAUGGCUACGUUUUAUACUGCCCGUGCAUGGGUCGCUUUGGAAACCAGGCAGACCACUUCCUGGGAUCUCUGGCGUUUGCAAAGAUGUUGAACCGAACCCUGGCAGUCCCUCCCUGGAUAGUGUACCGCCACCAUACACCCCCUUACACCAAUGUCCAUGUGCCCUACAGUGAAUUCUUCCAGCUGGAGGCCUUGUCUGCCUAUCACCGUGUGGUCAGCUUGGAGGACUUCAUGGAGAAGCUGGCUCCCAAAUACUGGCCCCCAGGACAGAGAAGAGCCUACUGCUUUGAGACUGCUGCACAGCGGAGUGCAGACAAGAAGUCCUGCCCUAUGAAGGAUGGGAACCCAUUUGGUCCAUUCUGGGACUAUGUUGGCGUGGAAUUUGACACAUCUGUCUUGUUUGGUGGGAUUUCUUUUAGUGCCUACCACCAACCUCAGUGGAUGAAGAAGUUCCCUCCCUCUGAGCACCCAGUCCUGGCAAUGCCUGGAGCUCCUGCCCAGUUUCCAGUGACAGAGGAGCAUGUGGGCCUGCAGCGCUAUGUGGUGUGGUCAGACAAGAUGGUAAAGGAGGGAGAAGAGCACAUUGCUAACCUGCUGACCAGGCCAUAUGUUGGCAUUCAUCUGAGGAUUGGCAUUGACUGGCAAAAUGCUUGCAAAAUGCUGAAGAGUGGUGAUACAGGUCCUCACUUCAUGGCGUCUCCUCAGUGUGUUGGCUACAACCGGCAGAAAGCCUUGCCUCUCACCAUGAACAUGUGCCUUCCUGACCUGACAGAGAUCCGCAGGGCUGUCAAGCUGUGGGUUAAGAAGACCUCUUCCCGCUCUGUCUAUAUCGCCACUGACUCUGAGUCUCACAGUAGAGAUAUUGAAAAGCUCUUUAAGGGCAAGAUCAAAGUGGUGAGCCUUCAGCCAAACUCAGCCCAAGUGGACUUGUACAUCUUAGGUCAAGCUGACCACUUCAUUGGCAACUGUGUCUCAUCCUUCUCCGCCUUUGUGAAGAGACAACGGGACGUCUAUGGCCUUCCAUCCUCCUUUUUUGGCAUGGACGAGCCUGGGCGAUUAAAUCACAAAGAAGAACUCUAAGCUCAAGAGUCACAUGGUCAUCAUCUGGCCGCUAAUGCUGGACGACUGUUAAGACGAGGCAAGAUGGCAUGUGGAAGGCAAAGAAACUCUAUACUGAUGUGAUGGUUCACAGCUGUGAGGGCCAACCCUAUUUGAAAUAGGUUUUGAUCUGUGAGAAAGGGUUUAUAAAAUAGGAUGUAGCAGGUCCGUACUAAUGUCUGUGAAAUGUGAUGACAUGGACACUGCUACCAAGAAACAUAUUUUUUGUUCCCUGCUUGAAAAUGUACCUGUUUUAAUUCAAUAUACAGGGAACCAGUUUUCGUUUCUUGUAGGUUAACACAGUUUCCCGAACAUUUGCUUUAGCUAAUUUCAUAUUCUGUAGUUUCAACCAUGUUUUGCAAGCCAGACAUGUUAGAGGGACAUCUGGUGAUCUCAGUGAAUGCUGACAAAGACUGAUUGAGGUGUCAGGGAUCAUGUUCUCCUUCUCUCUUAGCCCUCUUCACUUUCUCUCUCUACAUUUCCAUUCCUCCAUGUCUCUCCAGCUUGCUCUUUCCUGUCCUCUCUGCCCCUCAUUCCAAGGAGAGCACAGUAACUGAUCCUGCUGUACAUACAGUACUAAUUAUAGGGAGGAAGAAGGACCUCUCUUUUUACCAGGACCAAAAACUGAUGAAAUUCUGUGUUAUACUGCUGAAUGUUGUGCGGGGAAGUAUUGUUAUUCGGUGAAUGUGAACAAUGGUUUUGGGGAUGUUUUGCGAGACAAAAGUAUAGAUUUGCACUGGUUGAGUUGAUUAAAUGAAAGUGGGAAUUUCUGGUGAGCUAAUUGUGGUCCACUGUGUGAAAGCAGUGAAUGAAAGGAAUUUGAAGUAAAGUAUUUUCUAUGAUGUUUUUCAUUAAUAAAGUGACUCAUUUUUAAGGCA